GGAAGUGCUUCGUUGAGCUUUCAACUUUGUACUGUUUUCUUUCUGUUCAAAGAAAACACUAGUAUAGGUUAAGCUGGCAGAGUGAGUCCUAAGUGACUGAGGGGCAAGUGUGACUCAUUUCCUAUUUGCAGAUCCCCACACAUUCUCAGGGACAUGCUGCUUCAACUCAGUUUGCCUCCCUUCUGACUUUUAUGUGGUCCCUGAUACCUAUUUCCACUUCAGCUUGAAGGCAGCGUUUUGUGCACUGUCUGCAUGACAUUGCUUGUGAAGGGCAGCGCUAACACUGCCAGUGCUUGUCCAGCUCUUCUGAUACGGCUUUUGUAUUUUUCCUAGGUCCUUUUUUGCGUGAUUAACGCAUCAUGCUGUGAUUUUACUGUAUAAAGCAUGUUUACACAACCUCAUUUAAACCUACCAACAAAGCCGUGAAGGAGGCAAGGUGGUUAUUUUAUAUCUCAGGAAGCAGAUCCAGAGAGGCAGAAUUUCAAUGGAAUCCCGAGGUCGCUGUUUACUUGCUUCCUUGAACCUCAGUUUCCCCAUCUUUAAGGCUGGAGAACUAGAUCUGUAACCUCUGUUCGGUUCGGAGUGUGUCAUUGCAUUCAUGAUCCUGGAAUAGGGCAUGAAAGCCAGUGGCAGACACCCGAGACCUUAAGAAGUGUGUCCCAUAGGGAUGGCAAGGUGGUAAAGUUUAUGCGAACAAUAGUGUGAGGGAUGCCUCUCCUUCCGGUCAGCCCUCCUCCAGGAGGCGCAUGGGUGGUGGUAGCAAGUGGGAGUCUUGGGUGCCCUUUCUCGAUUCUACAAGGUGGGAGCGGGAGAGAACCCAGCGACUGCACGACUGAAUGACAGGGAGUGGCCCCACUGCCUCCAACAUGGCAGCCUCUAUCCAGCGAAGCCGGGUCCCCGCUUCCGGGUUCCGUACUGCCGGCCAGGCUACUUCCGGCAGCGCGAUGGCUGGGUUCCCGGGACUCGAACGGAAGUUCCGGCGGGGGCGGCCGAGGGGGAAGAGUGUGUGUCUGCGGGAGAAAGAGGAGAAUUGCCCAAGCGGCCUCGGAAGCCCCAGGGAGUGGAGGCCCCCGCCGUGGAGCCGUGUGGUGUAUGUGUGGUAACACCAUGUCUGUGCCCCUGCUCACCGAUGCUGCCACCGUGUCUGGAGCUGAGCGGGAAACGGCCGCGGUUAUUUUUUUACAUGGACUUGGAGACACAGGGCACAGCUGGGCUGACGCCCUCUCCACCAUCCGACUCCCUCACGUCAAGUACAUCUGUCCCCAUGCGCCUAGGAUCCCUGUGACCCUCAACAUGAAGAUGGUGAUGCCUUCCUGGUUUGACCUGAUGGGACUGAGUCCAGAUGCCCCAGAGGACGAGGCUGGCAUCAAGAAGGCAGCAGAGAACAUCAAGGCCUUGAUUGAGCAUGAAAUGAAGAACGGGAUUCCUGCCAAUCGAAUCGUCCUGGGAGGCUUUUCACAGGGCGGGGCCCUCUCCCUCUACACGGCCCUCACUUGCCCCCACCCUCUGGCUGGCAUCGUGGCAUUGAGCUGUUGGCUGCCUCUGCACCGGGCCUUCCCCCAGGCAGCUAAUGGCAGUGCCAAGGACCUGGCCAUCCUCCAGUGCCAUGGGGAGCUGGACCCCAUGGUGCCUGUACGGUUUGGGGCCCUGACGGCUGAGAAGCUCCGGUCUGUUGUCACACCUGCCAGGGUCCAGUUCAAGACAUACCCGGGUGUCAUGCACAGCUCCUGUCCUCAGGUCAGUGGGGGACCAUUUCCCACUCCCACUUCUCUGCCUCCAGCCAGGAACCUCUCGUGAUCCCCUCUUAAUCCCCUCAGGAGAUGGCAGCUGUUAAGGAAUUUCUUGAGAAGCUGCUGCCUCCUGUCUAACUAGUCGCUGGCCCCAGUGCGGUGCCCCAGCUCAUGGGGGACUCAGCAAGCAAGCCUGGCACCAUCUUGGAUCUGAGCCGGUCGAGCCCCUAUCCCCACCGUUCCUGACCUGUCCUUCUCCCACAGGCCUCUGGGGCAGGUGGCAAGGCCUGGCCUGGCCUUCCUUCCUGGCCUCAGCCACCUGGCUCUGUCUGCAGCAGGGGCAGGCUGCUUUCUUAUCCCAUUUCCCUGGAGGCGGGCCCCCCUGGCAGCAGUAUUGGAGGGGCUACAGGCAGCUGGAGAAAGGGGCCCAGCCGCUGACCCACUCACUCAGGACCUCACUCACUAGCCCCGCUUUGGGCCCCCUCCUGUGACCUCAGGGUUUGGCCCAUGGGGCCCUCCCAGGCCCCUGCCCCAACUGAUUCUGCCCAGAUAAUCGUGUGUCUCCUGCCUCCACUCAGCUGCUUCUCAGUCAUGAAUGUGGCCAUGGCCCCGGGGUCCCCUUGCUGCUGUGGGCUCCCUGUCCCUGGGCAGGAGUGCUGGUGAGGAGGUGGAGCCUUUUGAGGGGGGCCUUCCCUCAGCUGUUUCCCCACACUGGGGGGCUGGGCCCUGCCUCCCGGUUACCCUCCUUCCCUGCAGGCCUGGAGCCUGUAGGGCUGGACUGAGGUUCAGGUCUCCCCUCAGCUGUCUCACCCCCACUUUGUCCCCACUCUAGAGCAGGGAGGCAGUGGGGGAGGAGUUGUGUCUCGUCUUCUGUCUCCAUGUGGUUUUUGGGUGUUUUUCUUGUGUCCUGGAUUCCGAUAAAAUUAAAGAAAUUGCUUCCUCAGUG